CCUCGCCUUGGCAGUGUUGCAGUCAGUUGUGCGCCGGACGCUAAAGGGGGAGGGAAGAUCGCUCUCGCCGGGGUGACCUUCCCUUCGGACAGUAUUGACAGCUGUGAGGGGACGCCACGCAGAAACGGUGCACGGAGAGAACGAGACCAGAAAACAGAGACCUGGAGCAGUGAGAACGCCACAGUGCCCUUAGAACACCGGAUAUUGUGACAGCCUUGCGCCCCGCCCCCCCAAACCUUCCCCCGUCACCAGGGCAAGGAAGGACUCGAUUCAGCUUUCAAACAGCCACAUCGUCCCCCCCGUGGGCGUGAGAGAGAGACAGGGAGGUAGAGAGAGAGCUAGUUCACUUCUCUCUACCGGUGUCGGGGAAGAGAAAGAGAGAAUUAAAGAGAGAGAGAGGAAGUGUUUGUGUGUGUGUGUGUGACCGUUUCCAGCUAUUGAUGCGAAUUUCUCCUGUUGAUAAUAGUAAUAGUAGUGGUAGUAAUAAUAGGCGUUUAGUAGCUUGUCCUUAGUUCCUCCAAGUGCCAAAUAAUACACCAGACAGACAGACAGACAGACAGACAGACUAAGAAGGAAGAAGAGAAGGAUGGAAAUCUGUCUUAUCAAGGAAAGAAAAGGAAGCCAGAGAUUGGAGUGUGAUAUAUAGAGGAAAACAGUGAAAGGAAAGAAAGAAGAAAAGAAAGAAAUACGGAAAUAUCAUCAAAAUAUAUACUGUUUUUUCCCGUAUUUUCUCCACACACACACACACACACACACACACACACACACACACACACACACACACACACCACCCAUCUUCCAUUCUCCUCACGUGUGUUGGGUGUGUGAGUGUGUGUUGAAAGAAGAAGGAAGAAAAAACCCAGUGAAUGCAAUAUAUAUGUACUACGUGUGAGUGUGUUCGUGUGUGUGUGUAUACAUACGUAACAUGUAUAAUCAAACCAGUGUGUAUAUGCAUUAGCAAGUAAACUACGGGCUAUACAUACCUACAUACGUAUAUAUCCAUACAUAUAUAUACAACCAACCAACCUCUUCUUUUCGGCAUAUUCAUAUAACCUGUUCAGUGGCGUUUAAAUGUUACUAUACGUACACAUAACCAUACGUAGUGCUUAGUGAGUAUACAGCGUGAUAUUAUGCCUACCUAGAAGUAUUACAUAAAUGUAGAGAAGAGAAGAAAUAGAAGAAAGAAGAGAAAAAUAGAUGAAACUAGCAUCGUUGUUAUCUAUCAAUACGUAGAGAAGAGUGAAGAAAGGAAGACAAGAAGUAGAAGAAAGAAGAGAAAUAGAAGACACUAGUAAUGUUAUCUAUCAAUACGUAGCGUGAAGAAAGAAGAGAUAUAGAAGAAACUAGUAUUGUCUAUCUAGUAUCUAUCAUCAUCAAGACUUCCUUCAACUACUCGUCCUCAAUCUACAAGGACAAGAAAAAGAGAGAGCACCUGUUUUUACCUGGUCGAGGGGUGCUAACUACCUCCUACCUGUCACCUCACCUUGUUCCCGCACCUGUCACCCUUCCUACCUUUCCCUAAUUAACGUGUCCUUUUUUUUUCUCUCUUCAUCUCUGGUCUUCCGUAAAAUUCUCCUCCUCUAUAGUGUUUCUCCUCUUCCUCUCCCUUCUUCCAUCUCCUCGACAUCCUCCACCUCCUCAUCGCCCUCCUCCUCCUCCUCCUGAUCCUCUUUCCGUACCCUUCUUCAGCCUCUCGUGUUCGUCCUCGUCCUCGUCCUCGUCCUCGCCCCUCCUCCACCUCCUCCACCUCCUCCUCCACCAUGAUACUCGACAAUAGACAAGUUCCUGACAUCGUGGUGAGCAGGGAGGGGCUCAGCCACAACCACCAGCACCCCAACCCCCACCCCCACCACAACCACCACCACCACCACAACCACAACAACAACAACAACAAUAACAACAACAAUAUCCAACGCCAAGGCAACGGAAAUGGCAGCCCCAGACACGUCAUCGGAGGGCAGAAUGGUAAUGGUAGCCCGCGACGCGUGUACCAGCACCCGAACCCCCAUCAUGGCAGCCCCCGCCAUGCUAACGGCCUCCCAUGGCAGCCGCACUACCAUGGAAGCCCAAGACAUCGAGCAGGGAGCGUGGGGGGCGUGGGUGUGGGUGAGGGGGCGCAUGGUAGCCCCUCCCAUGGGUAUAACAACAAUGGCAGCCCAAGAAAUAGCCCGAGACACCUAAACAGGAAUCAGGGAAGCCCGCGACAUCACCCGAGCCUCCACCAUGAUGGGAACGGCAAUGGCAGCCCAAGACAUGUUCCUAACCAGCAGCAGCACCAGAACGCCAACAACAGCCCUCGCCACCACCAGCACCAGGCACUCCGGACCAACAGCACGGGGGGCAGUCCGCGCCACGCCCUGACCACAGAACGCGCCAGCCCUCGCCUUAUACAGAGAGUCUUCAGCUUUGACUACGGCCGCGGCAGUCCACGCCACUCGGCCAGUCUUGAGGACCCGCCCGACCACCACCAGCGCCGUCGACAGCAACAACAACAACAGCAGCAGCAACAAAGUGUGGAGUCAGCAGGAGGUGGUGGCGGUGGGAGAAAUGCCCCGAGUCGAAUCCCGGUGCAUGUACAGGAAAAACAGCAACAGCAACAGCAACAGAAUCAACAACAGCAGACUCAGCAACAGCAACAGAUUCAGCCUCCACAACAACAGCACCGCCACAGGAACAACUCUCAGGAUCGAAAUGGCGACGAACAGCACAUCUCCAGCCCAAGGAAGACUCCAUCCCAAGGCAGGCGAGGGAGAACCUUAUCCCAGCAGAACAACACCGCCAACACCGCCAACACCAACACCCCCCCGGCCAGAAAGUUCUCGGAGCCUGAAAUCAAAGUCCCAGCGGGUUCGGACUUCAAAUCUGUGGUCCGGGAGUACUCGCAGCUCAGUCCGCGGCGGGUCAACCUUCGGAACAAGAACCAGGGACUCUUCAAAUACGGACUGUGCAGGAUUGAGGUGAAGGACAAGCCGGGGCCAGGACUCCACACGUUCCGCAAGGGCCUGGCAGACUCCGGAGGGAAGUGGCACUCCGCUGAGGCACACAAAUGGCCCCCUCCUGAAAACGAUGCCAAGUGGGGUAGCGAAGACGGGAGGCUCAACACGAACUCAGCAAAGUGGAAUGGACGGAACAGGAACCUAACCGAGGACGGGGAGGAUGAGGAUGACGAUGACGAUGAAGAGGAUUGGACAGGAGGAGGAGGAAGUGGUCGCGGCGGUGGCAGCAGCGGCACGGGAAGCUGGAAUAUCGAAUGUGAUAAGAGCGAGGAAGAAAACGAUCAGGUAUUCUUCAGUGACGACACCAACUCCAUCACCACCACCACCACCACCACCACGAGUACUGAAGACUCGCUACACCACCACCACCACCACCGAUACGGCAGAAGGGAAUCAUGGCCGGUAGCGCACGCCGACCCUCACGCCGAAGUCUCCAGUACGUCGACGAAUGCCACGACGGACUCCCAAUACUCCUCGUCGCCGAACCGGUCGAGCAAACACUCCGACUCCUCACGAAGCCCUCGCCGCGUCAUCUCCUCCAAAACAAGCAGCCUGGAAAGUGUCGCAGAAGGCCGCAGGAGUCGAGGUCUCAGCCCGAACUUCUCCGCAAGCCCAAGACGCAGUACCACAAGCCCCUCCUCGCUCAGAACGGCCUCCAGGAACGGUUCUUUGGGGACUCUCUCUUGGGGUAGUAGCGAGAACGUAGGGCGGAGGUCAGCGCUGUCCGGGGAGAUGAAGGGAAGUGACGGGGGUGAAUGGGACUCCGGCGUGGACUCAGUGACUUCCAAAAUGGUGCUUAUUAAGUGUAAGGACGCUAACUACCUGACGCGCAUCUACCUGGACCGUGAAGGAAUCCAUGCCCUGAAGAUCGUCGGGCGCGUUGGAGUGGGCGGGUCAGCCCCAGAGCACGUGAUGAGCGAGGGCCAGCCCGGCCACGCCCACCUCCUCCACCACCAGCCUCACGAUGACGUCACCAAGCUCGCGGGUGACGCCGGCGGCCGCGACAACCAAUCGGGAAGCGUGAUCAGCCAGGCCACCGACGGGGAAUUCGAGCACGACACCGCGGACUACCAGUGGCUCCUCGACUAUGAGCUGCCCUGCGCUAGGUAUCGGGAGAGUUACAGCCGAGAGGUGGGCCCCGCGUCCCUGUCCUCGGGGGGAAGGGAUGGCUCGGGCCGCGUCUCCGUCCUUGAGGCGAGUCGCGGGCCCCUGCAAGACCUUUCCUACGAGACGCUGGCCAGGAACCUCGACGCCAACCUGGCCGAGAUCGACAUGGACGACUUCCACAGCGAGGACAUCCACAACCUCCUCACGCUGCCGACCAUGUGUGGGGACUUCCAGAGCGCUGAGGACGGGGAGAUGUUCGCCAGCGUCUCCGGCUCCAUGAUGAACAAGAUCGAUUUGGGGACGUCCUGCAGCCCACACUCGUCCUCACACUGCGAUGACGAGGACGAGGACGGCGAGUACAAGGAGGAGGAGGAGGAAGAGGAGGAGGAGGAGGAAGAGGAGAGCUGCGAUAGGCGGGACGACGAGGAGUACAGUGGAGUUAGCGGAGAUCUGUCGCUGUAUCAGUCCGGUCCGCUGUUCUCGCCGCUGAAGGAGCCGCCGCCGCUAGCCAAUACGACCUUCAGCGUGGACUCCUUGGACUGUGACUCGCUGCACGAUGACCUGAUCCUAACUUGCCAGGCCAACAAGGACAACUACACGAUCGCCUUUGAGGGUUCCUUCGUGCAGUACUCCGAGGACUCCGACUACCAUGAAGCAGAGAGCGAAUCCAGCGGCAGCAACCACUGGUCCACAGAGAGGUUGGAGGGCCGCGCCACAGCCCCCGCCAUGACCCACUCGGACCAGCCUUACACCACCUGGUCCAGGGUGGGCCGCCGCGCCUCCCGCACGCCUGAGGUGCCUUCCAGGGCCGCUACAGGCCAGCAACAGGCGGCGGGGGCGAUGGAAGACUCAAGGACCUCAGGACAGAACCAAUCUAGCGCCAAGAGCAACAGUAUGCCCAACCUGAUGCGACGGUCCCUGAUGCGGCGGUCCCUGGAGGCGUCCGGCGGGUGUGUGAAAGUGUUUGACCUUCAGAACAGCAUGCGAUCCAGCCAGACCAGCAAGACCAUCGCCGGGGAGUCCAACAACUUCUCGCUGGUGAAGCUGUUCAUGCGGCAGAAGAGCCUGAGCAAGGAGGCCGUGAGUCUGUCGUCCAGCAUUUCGCAGGACGGCCCGUGCUCCAGCUCCGACAACCAGUCCAACGUACACGACUCCUCAGACUGGCCUAUGAACAGCCAGUCCGAGAACGACAUGGACGGCAGCGCCUCGCCUGUGCCUCCGCCAGCCCUCAUGCGGCAGAACGGCGUCAUGUACCACCACCAUCACCACCACCACGGCCACCACCAUGAGCGAGGCUUCCGGCGACGCACCGGCUCCCUCGGGCACGACAUGGCGUCGAAAGGCAACCAACAGCAGGACUUCAGCUCGCCUGACCAAAGCACGACCACCACCGACACGCUCACCAACAACACCGCCAAUUCGCAACAGCAGCAGCAACAACAGCAGCAGCAGCAGGACGGCGUCAUGAACAACAACAACAACAUCAUCGCGCACCCCCUAGACAACACCGGCCUCGCCCUCACCAGCACGAUGGACAACGUGACGAGCUUCGAGGACAGCCUCAAGGAGACCAACCCGUGCUCCAAGCCGCCCGUCACCAGUCCUAUCCGCGAGGAGCCAGAGGGGAUGGACAUCUCGAUGGACAGCCGCGGCGAGAGCAAAGUUCUCCUCGACCAGUCCGAGAAGGAGACUAAGAUCAUGCACGAGGUUCUGCGGCUCCGCGACAACAAGUUUAACGCUGAGAAGAACAACCUGGCCCCCGCCAAGGCCUCGCAGAAGGAGAAGAACAAGAACAGGAACAACUUCAACAACCUGCUUGGCGAGGAACACAAACGCUCGCAGUCCCCUGGCUCCGCCAAGAAGGCCGCCGCCGUCGCCGCUGCCGCCAACAACAACAACAAGCGGGACGGCUCUGUCGGCGGCGGGAUGCGGCGGCGCCAAGACUCCGGCAACUCGUCCAGCGGCUACGCGUCUAACAGAGGCUCGACGGAGAAGAUCAGGCGGCCGUCAGACUCAGAGCUGAGCAGCGCGUCCCAGCAGAAGCCGCGCCCCAAACCGAGGGUGAUGAAGCAGAUGAGCGACCAGUGUUUGCAGACCUCCAACCUGAAGGUGUCGGCGAUGGUCAACACGAGUUUCAACAUUGAGAAGAAGGAAGUCUACGUCUACUACCCCAAUUACGCCUUGCCGGACCUGGGCUUCCUCAGGGACAAGAAGUACAACAUCGACGCGCGAGUGUUCCUGGUGCCCCAGCACUACGCCGCCCGCCCCGAGGAGGCGCGGCGCAUCAAGGACUCCAGGAUGCGGCGACCUUUCUCUUGCGGCGACAUGGAGAAGCUCAAAAAGCACGGCUUUGGCCACAUCCGGGACUGGGACUCCCUCAACUUCCUGCUGCCUAAGGAGCUGAAGGAGAUGCUGUUGGACGAGACAGACUGCAUGGAGACCACCAAGCCCUCUUUCUGCCACUCCCCGAAGCCUGCCCGCCGCCCCGUCAGCGCCGACUACACACUCCAACAGAAGUGUUCGCACGAGCUGAAGGCGUCGGCCAGCGCCAGCAGCCUCAACUCCACGCAGCCCUCGUCCGGGUACCGAGGCUCCUCCACGAUGCUGAAUGACUCCGAGGGCGAGAGCGGCAGCAGCGGCGAACAGACUGAUGCCGUCGAGAAGCCGCCGCCACUACCCAAGCGGUCCAUCUCGCUGCCCCAAGACGAGCGGCAGGAUUCCGAGGACCCGGACACUCCCCCACCCCGCCCGCCGCUGCCCCGCGGCAUCCUGAGGAAGUCCUCGUCGUUGAAAGAUGAUGGUGGAAAGGGCGGCGCCAACAAGAGGUUUAGCGCCAUCGAGUCAGGGCGCGGCGGCAUGCGGGAGGACCUGCUGAAGAGGCGGUCGUUGCAGGAGCCGAUGGAACACAUGGCGCAGCGCGUGGCACGGGAAACCAUCCCCGAGGCGGUCCCGGCAAGCGAACCGAUCGAGGCCGAGCAGGAGGCGCCACAGAACCUUCCUUCGCCGAUGGGCUGCAGCUGCGUGAGUCAGUGCACCGGCUUCUGCGGCAAAGGACUCCAGAAGAAGAACCUCCUGAGGGUGAGCGAGCUGCCAGACGUCUCCAGCCACGAGGACUUGACGGAGGACGACCUGCUGCGCAUCCGCUCCCAGGUGAGCAAUCUGCUGGUGGCGCGCGGCGGCGUGGGUACCCUGCUCUCUGAUGGGGGCGCCACGUGCGACCUCUGCCCCAAGAAGAGCGUCAGUUUUGCGGAGAACCAGUGCUCAGACAGCGGCACAGCGCUCGGCGAGGGUCCCGGCGCCACAGACGAGGACACGCGGCCGAUGGUGUACGACGCCCACGACAAGAAGACGCUCGUGCUGUCCGUGCGCGCGGCGGUUGAAAAACUGGUGACCCACUUUUCGACCGGCGCCUCGCAGCAGGACAAAGUUCGCUUGGGUACGAGCGCCAUGACCCCCGCGGUGGCCCAGCUCGCCCUCGACAAGCUGUGCCCCGCUGUCUACGCCCUGCUGAGUGACGGCCUCCACCCCUCCCUCCAGUCGCUCUUCGGCAAGAUCAACAACUCGGUGUGGCGCGUCAUCGAGGUCACUAGUCAGAUAAGCCCCUCCACCAAGGCGCUCAACGACCUGGUCCUCACUCUGAACAGCGAGGAGUGUCUCUCAGAGGGGCCCAUCAAGUUCAACGCCUUCAUCUUCGGCCUCCUAAACAUCCGGUCGUUGGACUCGUGGCUGUGUUACCUCCGCACCCGGGAGAGCGUCAUCCAGAAGCACUACCACCCCGAGGCCUUCCUCUACCUCGCCAACACCGCCACCAAGAGCCUUUACGACGACCUGCUCCUGUCCCUGCGGCCCCUCGCCCUGCUGCCCUUCAACCUCGACCUGCUACACGAGUACAAGGCCCUCCAUGCGAGCCUCCAGAAGAUGGAAGAACGUCUCCUCCUCCACACAGGGUCCAAGGAGAGUCCUGGGGAGCGUCCGCCGUCAGUCCUCGACCAUCUUCACUCCAAAGAGACGAAGGAGUUCAAGAACGCCGCUCAGCAGGACCGCGUCAAGGCCCUCAUGCGGGUCCUUACCUCGCCCGAGCUUGACGAACACGAGCUCCUUCACUCCACGCUGGACCACACGAGGGAGCGCAGCCGCAGUCCACGCCCGCGCUCCUGCUACGACCAUGUGACUGCGGAGGAGCUCAGCCCAGCGCAGCGCAAGCGGUGGAGCGGCGUCCAGCUCGGCUCACGGCUCCUGACAGCCAUAGACAAGCUGAUGCUGGAGGAAGCCGCCGGAACCUCCAGUGAAGACUACACCGACUCACUGGACAACCCCAAGAGCGGGCGGCCAGCGGGGCACCGACGAGGCAGCAUGGGCCUGGAUGACGAUCAGACCACAGACUUGAGGAUCAGCGACGUGUCCAGCCGAGACGGGGACGUGAGCGAACGGUCAGCCUCCGAGAAGGACACGGAGAACGAGAAGGGGGCGAAGGCGUGCUUGGAGACCGACCACGACGAGCCUGAAGGAGUGAGAUUCCGGCGACUACAACUCAAGUGGGAGCAGAUGGCCGGCCCGGAGAAGAGAGCCCAGAAGACACAACUACCCCAGCAGCAAGCACAGCAGCAGACCCAGCAGCAGCCACAGCCACCGAUCCCAGAGAAGGCGGUGAGUCCAAGCAGCGGCAGCAGGUCAAGAAUACCGCGGCCUGUGAGCAUGACGUCUCCGCAGCGACCGUUCAAGGCCUUCGACCCCGCCAAGGAGAAGACAUCCCCGCAGCUCAAGCAGCCUCCGAAGUACAUCCCGGCGUCCCCCAAGGAGCUACCGAAGCCCGCCCCGCGACGCUCCCUCAAGGACAAAGCUUCGUCCCCUGCACCGCCGGAGGAGCCGAUCAACGCCGCCCGCCCGCCUUCAGUUCGAUCCCGCCUCGCCCCGCGCCCGAACUCCAUCGCCACCAACAUGGUCCGCGCGUCCUCGGUGCCCGGCCGCGUCCCCGCCUCGGCCGAGAAAAGCAGCAGCCCCAGUGGAAGGUAUGAGGGCCAGCGUAGGUAUGGAGGACAGCCCAGGUCAGCCAGCCAUGGGAGACGCGUGACCCCCGGAGACACGCCCAAACUAGUGCAGACGUUACACCACCGCCUCGCCACGGACAACGGACAUCUCAGCUUCAACAGGGGCGAUAUACUGACGGUGGUGGUGGAGGUGGACGACCGUUACCUCCUGUGCUGCCAUAACGACCGGAAGGGCCUUGUUCCCCGCGCCUCUGUCAUCAUCCACGAGCAAUGAGAAUGGGAAACGGAGUGACCAGGACCGAGGAAUGGAUGCAGGGAAGGAUGCGGUUAGGCUAGGGUCGGGGAGAGCGUGUGUGCGCUAAGUGGUGUGGAUUGAAACAGCUUCGAGGUUUUGAUUCGGAGUGUUGAACAGCCUAGUCUUCUGUGUUUUCUGUCUUGGUAUUCUUUCUCUAUCUUUCUCUGCCUCUCUUACCUUCUGUCUAUGUCUUUCUUUUCCUUCUUUCGCUCUCUCUCAGUCUUUUAUCUUGAUGUAUUUCCUAAUGGCGUCGAGGUAAAGAUUCAGAGCAUAGCCUUAUCUAGCCUAACAAUCUAACUAGUGUCUAUCCGCAUCCUCUCCCCGUGUCCAUGGAAGCGAAGAGAGAUUGGUUCAUUGAUCCAUUCGUGUUCAUCUCUUUUUAUAUCGGUCAAGGGACGAAGGAGAGAGAUUUCAGGGGUAGCUCUCCCAUUUUUUUCUCCCCUCGUCCCUUCUCGGAGGCUACACACGGAAGGAUCUCAUUGUGUCAUUGAUUCAUCCAUUCCAUGUUGGUUAUUUAUAUGUAUAUGUGAGGUGGUUUUUCACGCAUGGAUUCGCGCACUGGUCUUCACUGAGGCUGCUGUAAAAGUCGACCCAGAAUAAAGAAAACACGAAAGGUAGAAAGGAAAGGAUAGAUCAUACACAAAGCAACGGUAAUAAGGAAAGAUGAAGGCAGGCAAGACAGAAGGAAGUGAAGGAUGAUGCCAGUACAUAUUCUAUAGAUUCUAAGACCUUUUAUAUGCUACUCACGGAAACGAGAGAAGAAAACAAAAACAAUGAUAGUCAACUCCACAAUGAACCUUUCGUGGAAAAAAACUUGUACAUGGUUUUAAAAAUGACUUUAUUCACCCCGUGCACAUAUACUCAUUCUUCCUCCUCCUCCUCCUCCUCCUCCUCCUCCUCCUCACCUCUCCUUUCUUUCCUCUCCUAUUUCUCACCCGAGUCCGACUUUUUUUUUUCCUGAAGCGACAUCCGACAGUGGCGUUCGAAGUCCCCGUGAAAAAAAAGUAAUGGAAAAUAUACCUGAAGAACUUAAGGAAUCGAUAACUGAAUGAAUGAAUGAAUAAUAAUCGAAUCUGAGGAACUUUUUAGCGUGAGACGGAAAACUUAGUGAAACAUAAAUAGCGGAAACCCGGUGAACAUAUUGAUAGUUUUUUUUUUUUUUUUUUUUUUUUUUUUUUUUAGCAUAACACGAAAGCUUUAUGCGAGACCCGAAAGAGUAUGAGGCGAAGAUUGAAUCGAAGAAAAUGGGAAUGGGGUCGCGCGCUGGAAAGUAUAGCUUGAAGAAAAUGGGAACCUCACAUAUGUGGACAUAGAAAACGGUGGGUUACUCACUCACUCACUCGCUCACUCUGCCUGUUAGUAAGUAGAGUAUCAUGCUUGCUUCUGGGUAUUAGUGGAUGACUUAACAUUCUUCUCCUCCUCCUCCUCCUCCUGUACCAACACUAGCACCUCCACGACCCUCAGGCCACACCUCAGUAAAAAGUCCUAAGUCCUUUUUUUAUCACGUUUGUUGCUGAGUGAAAGAAAAAAAAGAAAAUGAGUACACUAUUUGCAUGGCCUACACUGUAAUCUCACUGUAGCGUCACUCUAAUUAUUAGUACCAUUAUUAUUUUUAUUAUUUUUUAUUAUUACUUAAGAUAAGAGAUUUGGGUGGCCGAUAUCGUGUGCUUACUAUAGUCACCACCACCACCACCACCACCCUCAGCGUUGAGAAAAAGACGGAAUGGCUUGUGACUCUGAUGGGUUUAUUUGAGAGUGACUGGCUCCCCUCGCACCCUCUAGCACGUGUAUUUUUUUUAUAUUUUCACAUUUCCUUCUCUUUCUAUUCUUAGCUGACACCUACGUAAAAGGGGUCAAAGUAUUAGAAGUAGCUCAAUCACACGUGUACGAUUACUUGCUUUCACCCAAAGACGUUGUUUUUUUUCUAUUGAUUUGUGUUGUAUUGUCCAAACUUCGACUUGAAAUGGUGCACUUAAUGUUCAAACUUUCUACUUAAAUGUGUAAUUAUUGUAGUUAAUCAUUUACAUUACUUAUGCAGCAUUUAGCGUCCAUCAAUUUUUUUUUUUUUUUUUUUUUUUUUUUUUUUUUUUUACUUGAAAUGGAUUACUUAAUGUUCAGAAAUACUACUAAAUGUGUAAUUAUUGUAGUUAAUCUUUACUUACACAUCAUUUAGUCUGCACCAGUUGAGUAUUGCUUCACUAACGUCACUUCGAGGCGGAUGAGACACUUUUCGAAGCCUCGCUCAGUUCAUACGAGUCUUUGGGGGAAGCGGGAAGUCGUGUCCGCGUGUGUCUGUAUCUGUCUACCUGUCUGUCUGUCUCGCUCUCUCUGUCCUCAGCACCUGCCAGCCAGUCGCUCUGGGGUGACACGCAAAGUAAGGCCGAGUAUACUUGGUUAUACUAUUUGGAACUUACUAACUGUCUCUCUCCUCUCCCUAACCACCCUCCUAUGUAUCCUUGGUUUCCCAUGCAUGCCUCCCCGGGUUGUCAUAUGGUCUUGUUCCCACUCUCCUGUACCAUUUGUAUGCCUAGGUUAGUUUAUUUUUGUUUAUUUUUGUGUUACUCUCUUCCCGUACUUGCCCUUGUGCUUGUUAGUCAGCUAGGUUCCUUCUCCUCUGACUCGGGAACUUGUACUUGCAGCCCGCGUCCUCAUCCUCGGUUUGUCCUCGGUUGUGUCUUGUUCCCCCAUCCUUUGUAUUAUGUUCUUAGGUUAGCUUGUUUUUUGUUACUCUCUUCCCACACUUCCCCUCGCCGCUUGUCAGGUCAGCUAGGGUUCUGCUCCGACUGGGGAACACAACGCAGCACGAGUGUCAUUGCGCCGAAGGUUCCAUUUGGUAUGAACUUGAGUCUGUGGCCGCCGCCCUCUGAAGCACCUCGCCUCGAUCAGUCCAGCAAGGGGACCGCUCAUCUUGCGUCCUGCCAAUCCGAAAUGACGAACUUGAUUGGACAGGGACAAGGAGUAAGAAUCGAUAGCAAACAUUUCCGUAUUUCCCUUCGACUUGUAAUAUCUGGGAAUCUGUAAGAACGAACUGGAAUGACCACGAGCAAGAAGGAAGACUUGAUCGCAAAAAGUUUUCAGUGUACAACGGAUUAAGACAAACAUGAUUGGCCAGGAGCGAGAAGGAAGAUCAGGUAGUGGUUACCCUUUGCUUGACGGAUCCACGGCGAGGCUUCCCGUCUGGCAGGUCUGAAGGCUCUGGGGAAGGUGGAAAGACUCGGACUCUGACCUGUCCAUCUUCAUUUGUUUUCGGCACCGAGAAGGAAAAAGAGAUGAACCGACUCUGUGCUAAACUGUCGCUUUUCAUUUAUUCUCGUCGCUCGGUAAGGGAAGGAAUCGAUGCAGUGACUUAGGAUUGAAACCGCUGAGGAGUUGAGUCAAGAGUACGAGGUAGUCUAAUACCCCACCGCCGCCGUUACGAUAUUUAAGGAGUGUUUUAAGAAGAAAUGCACGCCUUGUCUCACAGUAUCGUUUUGUAGCAUAUCCACAAACUUGAAAUCAAAGAAAGCUAGCAAAGUGUUAAGGUGUCCCACUUAUUCGUACUUCGCCUUUGCUGUUAUUGUUCUCAAGCUGAUUAAACGGUAAUGACUGCAACUACUUAAUGAAUGUUGACGGAUGUGAAAAAAAAAUGAUACGCUUCACAACUACUAAAAUCACCUCACUGUAUAUACUUAAUGGACGAUCACGUGUUAGAUUUACAGGUGUAUCCCAACAGUGUCACCUCACGCCACUUAGGGAAAGAGUGACAAUACGGGGAGAUAAGAAAAACGGGAAAAAACAACACCACGAUACAGAGAACUCCAAGCGAACCGAACCUCCCGAACGAAACCGAUUCACCGCUCCGGACCACAACUCAUGAAGCCGAACUUGGAUAGAAAGUAAUAUAUAUAAACUUUUUACAAACCGACUCGACCAAAACUACUCGCUCUCUGUACCUUCCACACCUGACUCGAUCACUUCUGACUCCUUAGCAUUAGCGUACCUCGUUGCCUCUUUAGAUGUGACCUUAGCGUCCUUGUGUUGUAGGUUUAGACACACCUAACCUAAUCUCUCUCCCUCUCUCUCUCUCUCUUUCUCUCUUUCUCUUAUCCUCCUCCCCUUCCUUCCUCCCUCCGAUCCCUAACUUAUUAUAUUUCUUUCCCGCCACAGUUGCACAAGUCGACUACCAUAUAUAUAGCUGAAAUGUACCGAUUCUUUUCUGUCCCGUCUCCAUAUCUAUAACUCCUGUUCCCUCCUGUCCCUCCCACCCAUCAUCUCUCUUCCUCUCCCCUCCGUUCCCCUUUCCUCGCCUUUUCCCUCACGCACAUGUACACGAACGUUACUUAGUCAACGUUCCACAGUCUUAGAGUAAGUCUGUGUUUAAUCUCCUUGUGAUGUAUAGAUGCCGUUUCUCUGAGGCCGGUGUAAGUAUAUCUCGUACGAAAAGGUUAUCAUUAUCAUUAUCAUUAGUAUUAUUAUUAUCAGUCUCGGUUUCCUGGCGUAUCUUGCUUUUUCUUGUAUGUACGUAUGUAUGUAAUCAACCGUAUAAGUGCAUUAUUAUUUUUCUGUACAUUUUGAUGGCUUUGUUACUCUUUCUGUUGCUGUCUGUAUUCGCCCCGAGUGACCGUGGGCGGCGUUUGAAAAAGAUGUCUAUAAAAAUGGCAAAAAAUAGUAAUAAUGAUUUAAUUAAGUCACAGAGAAAGAGAUGAAAGAAAUAUUAAUUAUCUUGGAGGUGCCUAUUGUCUUAUUUCUCUAUAUUUUCGUAUGACCAAAGAAAUACUUGAAACUUUUUGAAAUUUGUACAUUUUUGUGUAGAUUUAAAAGAAUACAAACAAGAAAACCCUCAAAACAAACCGGUAUGAACGAUAAUUUUUGUAGAUAUUUCCCCGAUGAUUCAAACCAAAAUAUCGUCAAAAAAAACUUUUACAUUUGGUUAAGGCUUUAAUGUAUCAUAAUUACGUUGACAUGAACACAUCGCUGACAUAACAUAGUCCUUAUAUAUAUUUUCUCAUUUUCUUCGUCCACGCUCAACGGACAGUCGCUUCGGCGGAUAACAACGCUGAAAGGUGGCUAAAGACUGACUGACUAAAGGACUGCCCAGAAGAAACCUCAGAUAUAAACUGCAAACCCUUCCUUAAGUCAGUCCACACCACCAACCAGUCAGUAAGUCAAGAACCAAAAUACUGACUGACUAAAUGAUUGGCCAGAAUAACCACCAAGAAACUAAGCCCUCUCAAGUCAGUCCACACUAACACUAGCCGGUCAGUCAGUCAGUCAAGAACCUUAAAAACUGACUGACCGUUGGACUGGCAAGAUAAAACACCAGAUAGAACCUAAACUCUCCCCUAACUCAGUCCAUACCACUACCCAGUCGGUCAGUUAAGAGAGAAAAACGGACUUGACUUAUUGGACUGGUCAGCAAAAAAAUAUAAAAAAACUGACCUGACUUUUGGACUAACCUUUUCAAACCCUCAGAUAUAAACUUAAACCCUCCCUUCAGUCCGUCUACACCACCAGUCAGUCAGUCAGUCAGUAGAUAAAACACUAGACUGGUCAGUUUAAACCCUCAGACAUAACCUACAAACCCUUCUGAGUCAGUACACACCACCCCAGUCAGUCGGUCAGUCAAAAGAAAAUAACCGACUCGAACUGGAUAAUAUAAGCCCCGAGACAUAACCUACAAACUUUUCAGAGUCAGUCCACACUAUCAGUCAGUCAGUCAGUCAGUCGGUCAGUCAAAAGAAAAAAAAUGACUCUGACUGGAUAAUAUGAGCCCCGAAACGUAACCUACAAACUCUUUUCAGUCAGUCAGUCAUGAGUCCGUUGAGCGAGUCUUCUCCUGAGUCAAGCAAAAAGACGACAAACUCAUCCUCUCUUGUGUUCCGUUAGGUCGAAAAUCCCUAUUCCUGGAGCCCAUCAAGCGGCCGUGCAUGUCUGUACUGUACUCUCGGAAGACGAACGCAGCAUAUCUUGGUUAAACUAUUCACUACUCUAUUACUAUGGUGAAUAAAUAUUGAUCAGGUAAUAUAAA